AACAACGAUGGCGGCUUCCUGGGGAAGAUUUGAAAGUGCGAAGAGUAUCCAGGAGCGGAAAGAACAGACCCGACUUGCCAGGGCCGAGGUUUUGCGCCAGGCCAAAGCCAAUUUUGAAAAAGAAGAAAGUCGUAAAGAACUUAAACGACUUCGGGGUGAGGAUACAUGGAUGCUGCCUGAUGUGAAUGAGCGAAUUGAACAGUUCUCACAGGAACAUUCUGUGAAGAAAAAGAAGAAGAAAGAUAAGCAUUCAAAAAAAACAAAAAAAGAGAAGAAAAAAAAGAACAAGAAGCAGAAAUAUGAAAAGAACACUGAAUCAACUGAUAGUUCAUCAAGCUCUGAAAAUGAGUGGGUUGAGGCUGUUCCUGCCCAUACCAUUGGCAAGGAAAAGGCCUGGAAAGUGAAAGAUGAAAAGUCAGAGAAAGAAGAUGACAGCCAAUAUUUUCAGAGGGACGAGUGGAUGACGGUUGAUUUUAUGUCUGUUAAAACUGUGUCCUCAUCAUCACUCAAAGCUGAAAAGGAAACUAUAAGAAAAAUAGAACAAGAGAAAACCAAAGCACUUGAACAGUCCAAACUGCUGGAAAGAGAGCUGAAUCCCUAUUGGAAGGAUGGUGGGACAGGUCUUCCAUCAGGAAACUGUAGUGUAUCAGCAGUUACUAAAGCUUCAGGAGUAGAGGAUGGUGGAUUAAGCUGGCUAAGAAAGUCUUAUCAAAGAAUGAAGGAACAAGCUGAGAAAGAAAAUAGAAAUUUUGAGGAUAUUGUGGCUGAAAGAUAUGGGUCAAUGGAGAUAUUUCAGUCAAGAUUAGAAGAAGCUGAAAAAGUUGCAUUGAAAAAAGAAGAUUAUAGAAGAGAACGGUGGAGAAAACCAUCAUAUUCAGAUAAAACUCAACAUAGUCAAGAAAGUAGAAAGUCAGAUUUAGUAAAGUAUAAUCAAUAUUCAAAGGAUAGACAUAGCACAACAGGCCAUGCGAGCAGUAGCAGUAAUGAUACAAUCAGAGGUGAUGAGAAGGACAUGAAAUCUGGGUCAUUAGAGACAUGUCAAAGAGAAUCCAACUUCAGACAAAAUCAAGAGUUCUCUUCUCCUGGAAAUUUGAGACCUAAAUUCUUAAGACCCUCUGAUGAUGAAGAACUGUCAUUUCACAGUAAGAGCAGAGAUCGUAAACCAUCUACUUCAUCUUCAGCAUUAAGUGCUCAGGCUUCUUUGCAUUGUGGUUUUCGAAAACCUACAGAUGACAGUGAAGACAGUGUGAUGUCAUGGAGUUGGUCUUGCAGGAGAGAAGGAGAUAAGAAGCAUUUAGAUCAAAAGCCACUGGAAGCUCAUAGCAGCACUGACCACCGACCCCUUCCUGGAGCCAUGAGAGAAACAUCACAGGCAGAGAGCUUAAGAGAUGACUCACCAAGAAGUGGACAUUUGCAGGAAACCAGUUGCAUCCCAGAGUAUAAGCCCACCCACAUCCUGAGUGUUGAUGAGAAGAACAAGCUGGGAGCCAAGAUUAUCAAGGCAGAGAUGAUGGGAAAUGUGGAAUUAGCUGAACAGCUGAAAGCCCAACUUGAAAAGGCAAAUGAAUGUAACAAAACUGCAACACAGAUACCAUCCAAAAAGUCAAGGGAUGAGGAGCAGCAAGAAGUGAUCCUUAUUAGAACAGAUGUGUCUGGAAGAGCAUGGCCUGUGGAUGUACCAGGAGAGCCUCUGGAAGCUAAAGCAGGAAGAAGGAAAAGGCAGAAGAUUGCAACCCACGAGAAAAAAGAAAGGGUCAGAUACUUUCAUGAUGAUGACCAUCUAAGUCUGAAUGAUUUGGUCAAGAAUGAAAAGAUGAGCACAACUGAGAGUCAAAACAAACUUUUUGUGAGAAUGGCAUCUAAGUUUAUGGGAAAAUCAGAUGGAGACUAUUACACUCUGGAUGACAUGUUUGUGUCCAAAGCAGCUGAGAGAGGACAUCUUGGUGAACAGGAAGAAAACCAGAGGAAAAGAGCUAUUGCUGAGCAUCAGAGUCUCACUGCACAAAUGGAGAGAUGCCUGUACUGUUUUGACAGUUCUCAAUUUCCCAAACACCUGAUUGUUGCAAUAGGUGUUAAGGUGUAUUUGUGUUUACCCAACUUUUGCUCUCUUACUGAGGGCCACUGCCUCAUAGCCCCUCUGCAGCAUCACCGAGCAGCGACUUUACUGGAUGAGGAUAUCUGGGAAGAGAUUCAGAUGUUUAGAAAAUCACUAGUAAAAAUGUUUGAGGAAAAGGGAUUGGACUGUGUCUUUUUAGAGACCAACUUGAGCACAAGGAAACAGCAUCACAUGGUUUAUGAAUGUAUUCCUCUACCAAAGGAAGUGGGAGAUAUGGCUCCAAUCUAUUUUAAGAAAGCCAUAAUGGAAUCUGAUGAAGAGUGGUCCAUGAACAAGAAGUUGAUUGACUUGUCUUUGAAAGAUAUCAGAAAGUCUGUACCCAGAGGCUUACCUUACUUCUCUGUGGACUUUGGUCUCCAGGGAGGAUUUGCCCACAUCAUUGAAGAUCAGCACAAGUUCCCUCAUUACUUUGGAAAGGAAAUCAUUGGUGGCAUGCUGGACCUAGAACCAAGGCUUUGGAGGAAGGGGAUCCGAGAAAACUUUGAGGAUCAGAGGAAGAAAGCACUGCACUUUGCUCAGUGGUGGAAGCCCUAUGACUUCACUAAAAGUAAAAAUGGUUGAGGUGCACUGCCUACAUUUUAUUUCCAUCUCUACUCAGUUUUGUAUCUUCUGCACCUAAUUGAAUGCUGAGCAACAACCCUUGGGAAGAAGCGACAGCACUAGACUGCUCUGUGUCUCUGACAGCUGCACACUGCUCCUUCAAUUCAGUUUCCUUCUCAUGGCGGGACUUUUUGCUAACUGUGGAGUAAGAACAAGUAUAUUGGGAUGACUUGAUCACAUUCCUCUCCACCUACAUCUUGUUCCAAAUUAUUCAGUCAAGCUAAAGAAAGACUUGUUUGAAGGAGUAGCUCUGAGGCUAUCAGUUUUUGAGGAAUGUGGUCUGUUCCAGGUAAAGACUAUUGCCUGGCUCCUUUGUGUAUUUUUUUAGGAUAAGACCUAAUACAUUCAGUAAUAAUUAAUAUUUAUUCUUGCAAAAUUUAAUGGAAGAGCUCUUCAUUUUUUACCAGUAGGAUAUACUAUCAUUGUGUAUUUCCUUUGUUAAAGAAAAGGGAAAGAUAUUUUAAAAAAUGAAAUGAUAAUGUAUUCAUAAUUCAAAUUUGUUUUUAUUUCUGGAUAUGGUUUGGAUUUGGGGGAAUCAUAAAACUAAUUUUUCUUGGGGCUGGGGAAAUGGAUUAGCAGAUGAAGGCUCUUACUUGCAAAGUUUGCUGGUCUGGGUUCAAUUCCCUAGUAACCAGGUAAAGCCAGAGGGGUAAGAGGUCCUGACAC